AUGUUCGCCGCCAGACGUGCUGUCUCAUCGCGGCAGCUGCUGCGCUCCCAGCCGCCCCGUCGGUUUGGCUCCUCCCACGCCCACGCCGAGCCCGUGAACGAAAGCCUCGGCCGCAGUUUCUUCGUCACGGUUGGUGGCAUUGUCUCCGCUUGCGCUAUCUACCGUAUCACCAAGUCCACCAAGGAGUCUGGCUCAGAGUCUUGGAUCUCCGGUCUGAUCAGCAAAUGGACUCCUUCCCAGGAGACCUUUGAGCAGCGUAACGCCAUCCACACUGCUAUUUUGGAGAAGGCUGCCGAGGACAAGCAUCUGCUCCAGAGUCAAGGACCCCAAGAGUUCUACCAGUUGAAGCAGCCUGACUUGAUGAACGCCGGUGCUCCCAUGAACGUCGCUCCCGGUUCUCAGGCCGACCUGAGCCAUGUUGUGGCCCACUACGAGAAGCAGAACAAGGAGAUCGAGGAGGCUCGCGUUGCCCGCAUGCAGGACGGCAAGGUGGUGUCGAUUUACGAGUAA